GUUUUGCACCAAAAUCACGUCUCUUUACAUCUUUUCCCACUCCCACCAGCUCGAUAUCACUGUAUUCGGCACGUUAGCUGCUGAAUAUCACUUUUCCCAUAUAUCACGUUUGUGCAUGGAAGGCGUCUCGACUGUACCCGUUCGUUUUCUUUCCCACUGGUUCUCAACCUUGAGCGGUAACCACAUUACUCAUUUCAAAGUUCGAUUUGCCACUGGCAUAACAGACGCAGAACUGCUUUCUUUGCUAGAUGCGCUCGCACCGCAACCUCUCAAGAAUCUAGUCCUGGACGGAUUAUUAGAGGGUAGUGCAGAAGUUUUCGGUGAUAUCUCGCAACAUUUUCCACAGUUGACACAUUUACUCCUUUUCCAACUGUCAAGUCCGCUUGGGGUCCGUGCAACUUGGCCUGAGCCACCAAUCGUUUCCGCUUCUCGACUAGCUUCUCUGGCUCACCUUCGCUACUUUGGGUGGAAUAUCGGGAAGAGGCUUUGGUUGCCACCAACGCCAUUAGCCGGGACCAUUUCAGAGGAGAUCGAUACCAACGAGAGUGCCGAUAAAGGGGAUGCAAGUAACGACGAUGCUCCAAGCAACCCAGACGAAAUCGCCACAAUGUUUGCCAAGCGCUGCCCAGCUCUAGAGGAGUUCGUGCUUCAUGAUAUAUACUCGGGGUGGGAUAUUUCCCGCGAAAAGGAUGGUUGAGUGUUGAAGAAAAUGAGCGACUUUAGACGCUGCGGGUCUGUCCCGUGGAAUCCGAGUCGACCUGAAGCUUAAGUAUACAAAGGCGAGCUUUCGUGCAAUUGAACAACUGGACCAAUAGCACUAAAUAUUGGUCAUUUAAUUGCUUAUGUUUCAUAAUUGGAUGAGCAUCAUGGCACAGUGCUGAAGCCGGGUCUGCAUGGUGCCAUCAACAUUUGGAAAUUUGAAUUCCUGAUGAGCCGUUU